GAAAAAUGAGAAACGUCAAUUGCCAAAACAGAUUCAGUGCCAGUGCUCUGCACAGUGCAGCAGCACCUUUCCAUCCUAGAUCUAGAAUUGUCAGAUUUUGGAUCCAAUAAUAAUAUAAAAUGUGAAAUAAUGAAAUAAAUAUCGUUUACAGGAAAAAUGGCAACGCAAAAGCCAAGUUUAUGGGCUGAUCACUUAAUAAAUCGUUUCGGGGAUCAAUUGCCUUGCCGGAUUGGUCCUCAAACAACUCAUACCAACAUAAAUCAGGAACAAAACAAAAAUUGCAUUAUCCAAAUAUCCAAGCACAAAUUCUCUUUAGUUUUAGAUGGUUUUGUUAAAGUUCUAAAAAAAGUUAAUGAAACAUAUGACAAAAAUCAAAAACAUGGGUCUGAACAAGAAAAAAAUUAUUUUGAUAGUUUAUUUAUAGUCCUAGAUACAUUGGAAAAAUGUUUCAGUAUUCAGCCAAAAGACUCCAUAUCCUUGACUAUGGAGGAAAGUCAAAACCUAAAGAUACUUUUAAAGGAAAUUUGCAGUUAUCUUCUGAUAAAAGAUGUAUUCCCGGAAAAUAAUCCAAACACUCAUGCAGUGAGAUUAUUAGCCAGUAAAGUUCUUUUCGCGUUAUCUGUAAAUUUUUUUAAUAUUGUAUUUACAAGAAUCACUUCGAAAUUACAAGAAUGUGCUACUUCUCCAGAAGAAAUUACUGAGCUAAGUGAAAUCGAAUUGAUUCAACACAUAAACGUAGACGUGAAAAGAUUAUCCAAGCUUUUUCACGAGGGAGUAACAAAAUUCAAGCAACUCAGAAAAAAUGCUCAGCAAUUGUAUGUUACGUCACUUGAGAAAGUUAUUUGGAAUUGGAUUGAAACAUAUCCACUUGAAUUUGCUGACUAUCAAAAACAUCCAGAUGAGGAUCUGUAUAAAAGUGCUGACCAGUUGUUCGAUAUCAUGGAAUCAUAUAGCGAUAAUAAGAAAAUUAAACCUAAUAUGUGGUCAUUACAAAUGAUGUUAUUAGUACUUAUUCCAAAAGUUUUAGAAGAUGUUAUUAUUUCUGAAAGCAGUGUAGGAACAUCAAGAAUAACAAAGAAAAAUUAUGUCGAUAACAUCAGAAAAUCUCUGACUUUGCACUCAAAUAAUAAACAGUCAAUAGAAGCUGCAGCAGUAGCAUGUGUCAAGCUGUGCAAAGCUUCUACCUAUAUCAAUACUCUAGAAUCAACAAAUAAAAUUUUUGUACAAAGUAUAAUGAACGAUCUUAAGAAUUUGUUAUUUAAUCCAACAAACCCGUAUUCAAGGAGGACGGGUCAGGAUAUUGACGUAAUGAUAGAUUAUUUUGUAUCAGUAUUUCGUAUAUACCCUCACAGUAAUGAAUGCCUGAAAGUAUGCUUAGGUUUGAGCUCUCCCCCAAGUUAUCAUUUUGUGUUAGUCAGAUCGUUGUAUAAAAUUGUAACGCAACCUAGAUUACCUUGGUGGCCCAUGAUUGACAUCGUUUACACCAAAUCGGCAGAACUGAGAGAUAUUUUUGCUGAUAUUUUAAAUAAAGUAGCUACCCAAGGUUAUAGUCAACACACUCCUUUAAGAAUGAUGAUUACUUUAAAAGGAAGCAAAGAUACGCAGUUAAAAUAUCGCGCCGGCGCAGAAGAGACAACUGGUUAUAGAAAUUUAUUAUUAUUUAUGGUCAGGCUUAUUCAUGCUGAUCCAGUAUUGUUUUUGAAUCAUCACGGAAAGCCAGGCCACGAAGUUCAAAGCUGCACUCUCGACCUAAUAAAUGGAUUAGUAUCUUUAGUUCAUUUACAGUCGAUGCCUGAAGUAGCUCAGGAAGCCAUGGAUGCCUUAUUAGUUCUUCAUCAUCCUGAUAAAAUAGAAAUGUGGAAUCCCGAAGCUCCUAUCAAUACCUUUUGGGACGUUGGAUCACAAGUUUUAAGCCAAAUAUCUGGUAAACUUAUACAGCAUCAAUAUGUAAACUAUACCGAUAUUCUAAAAUGGCUCAGGGAAAUAUUGGUUUUUAGAAAUGCAUUUUUAACUAAACAUAAGGAAUAUGCUACUUUAGGUAGUUCCAUUAGUCAUUCUCUCCAAGCUCACGUAAAAUUGGAGAUUGUUUACUACAUGUACCUUUGGAGCAUUGACAUAGACGCAGUGCUAGUAGCUAUGAGCUGCUUCGCAUUGUUGUGCCAAGAAGCUGAAAUAAUUUGUUUAUCUGAAGAAAUAAGUGUCACUACUUACGUACCUAAUUAUCAUAUUUAUUUGGAGCUUGCUCAAGCCUCGACUAUUCUUACUACUGGUCGUUUAGCAUUGCAAAAACGAAUCAUGGCACUACUAAGGAAGAUAGAACAUUGCGUUAACGGUGUUUAUUCAGCUUGGGAAGAAACAUUUAGAAACUGGACUGCAUCUUAUAAAAGUAUAACAGCAUUGUCUAAAACUCGUUCUGAUGACGGUCAAAUGGAACCCUUUCAUAGGUCUGUAGGAAAACGACGGGCUUCGCAUCAAAACUCUGAGCACGAGCUUGAAAAAGAACAAAUAUUCGAAUGGGCAAAUAUGACGGGCUUUCUUUGCGCUCUUGGGGGUGUCUGUUUACAAGCUAGAAGUAAAGGUCUACAAGCGACUGCGCCUAGUACCUCUCAGCAACCGCAGUUACAACAACAAACGCCUCAACAAGGUUCACAUGCUUCUGCUAACCAAAGUAAUACCACUACAACUACGGGCUCUAUGCCGGGUUAUUCUAGUACAUCAUCUUUGGCUGGAGCUGCAUCUACUCUCAGUGAAGUGAGCUGCAGUACUAGAAGAACUACUGUUGCCACAAUAACUAGAACCCAUCAAUUUGAUGCCGAGGGGAGCAAUGUUAUACAAUUUGUUGAGUUACUUUUACGCCUACUGGUAUGCAACAAUGAAAAAUUUGGUCCUCAAAUUCAGAAGCAUGUUAAAGAACUUAUAGGUCACGAAAUGGCCGCAGCACUAUAUCCGAUUCUUUUUGAGCAAAUAAAAAUUAUUAUCGACAAAUUCUUUGAUCAAAGUGGACAAGUGAUGGUUACAGAUUUAAAUACCCAAUUUAUAGAACAUAUAAUUGUCAUACUAAAAAAUAUUUUGGAUUAUACAAAAAAUGAUCAGCCUUCGGAACAUCUUGGAGUCACCAGUAUAGAGGGCAUGAUGUUGCAAAUAGUAAGAUAUGUCAGACAUCUGGAUAUGUCAGUACAUGGUCUUCAUAUUAAAACAAAAUUGUGUCAGUUAGUUGAGGUUAUGAUGCUUAGAAGGGAUGACUUAGCAUUUCGACAAGAAAUGAAAUUUAGAAACAAACUUGUAGAAUAUCUGACGGAUUGGGUCAUGGGCUCUAGUCAUCAGAUCUCACCACCAAGUGGCAACGAUAUAACACACAUGACCAGAGAAUUGGAUCAAUCAGCUAUGCAAGCUGUGGCUUCACUUUUAAGAGGCCUUCCCUUGCAACCUGAAGAAUCUGACAGAGGUGAUCUUAUGGAAGCCAAGAGUCAGUUAUUUCUCAAGUAUUUUACCUUGUUCAUGAAUUUGCUGAACGAUUGUGCAGACCCUUUGAGUGGCUCGGAAAUUUUGGAAUUGUCAGACACUGAGGAAUGUAGGCAUCGUUUGAAUUCGGAAAAUUUAUCCAAUUUACGUAGUGCUACAAUACAAGCAAUGUCUAAUCUUUUGUCAGCUAACAUUGAUAGUGGGUUGAUGCAUUCUAUUGAUCUAGGAUACAACAAAGAUCUACAAACACGGGCCGCAUUCAUUGAAGUCUUAACCAAAAUUCUGCAACAAGGUACUGAAUUUGAUACUCUUGCCGAGACCGUUUUGGCUGACAGAUUUGAACAGUUGGUACAAUUGGUAACAAUGAUAAGUGACAAAGGCGAGUUACCUAUAGCUGUAGCUUUAGCUAACGUUGUAACUACAACACAGAUGGACGAAUUAGCCAGAGUAUUUGUAACAUUAUUUGACGCAAAACAUCUUUUGUCACCUUUAUUGUGGAAUAUGUUUUACAGAGAAGUAGAAAUAUCAGAUUGUAUGCAAACUUUAUUUAGGGGCAACUCUUUGGGAAGUAAAAUCAUGGCAUUUUGUUUUAAAAUUUAUGGGGCUAGUUACCUACAGACGCUUUUAGAGCCAUUAAUACAACCAUUACUCGAUGAUCCUUUUCAAAGUUUUGAAGUGGAUCCUGCUAGAUUGGAUGCUAGUGAAGAUAUUGAAGAAAAUAGACAGAAUCUCAUUGCAUUAACGCAAAAAGUAUUUGACGCAAUAGUUUGUUCCGCUGAUCGGUUUCCACCUCAGCUGAGAUCAAUGUGUCAUUGUCUUUAUCAAGUAUUAAGUAAGCGUUUUCCUCAGUUUCCACAAAAUAAUAUUGGUGCAGUUGGAACGGUAAUUUUUUUAAGAUUUAUAAAUCCAGCAAUUGUUUCACCACAUGAAAUGGGCAUUGUUAGCGAUCAGGUGCCAACAAAUAUAAGAAGAGGUUUGAUGUUAAUGUCCAAAAUACUGCAGAAUAUAGCAAACCAUGUAGAAUUUAGCAAAGAGCAGCACAUGUUGCCAUUUAACGAUUUCUUGAAAAGUCACUUUGAAACUGGUAGAAGAUUUUUCAUCACCAUAGCCUCAGAUUGUGAAACAGUUGACCAAGCUUCUCAUUCAAUGUCUUUUAUAUCUGAUGCAAAUGUUCUGGCGUUACAUCGCUUAUUGUGGAAUCAUCAAGAAAAAAUCGGAGACUAUCUUUCCAGCAGCCGAGAUCAUAGAUCAGUGGGAAGGCGUCCUUUUGAUAAAAUGGCUACUUUAUUAGCUUAUCUUGGUCCUCCUGAACACAAAACAUUCGAUUCACAUUAUGUAAAUUCUAGCUUGCUGUUCACAGCUAACCCAAGAUGGCGUUCACUGGAUAUGUCUUCAACUAACUUUGAAGAUCUUAUGACCAGACAUAACAUCGAUGAAAAGGAAGAAUUUAAAUCUAUAAAAUCCUUAAAUAUUUUUUACCAAGCUGGUACAAGCAAAGCGGGUUUGCCAGUAUUUUAUUACAUUGCCAGGAGAUUUAAGAUGGGCGAAACUAACGGUGAUUUGUUGAUAUAUCACGUCAUUUUAACUUUAAAACCAUUUUGUCAUUCCCCAUUUGAGCUGGUGGUUGAUUUUACUCGAACCGGUUCUGAGAAUAGGUUUAGGAUUGAGUGCUUACAGGGGUGGUUCUACCUCUUACCAGAAGUAGCAAUUGAAAACAUUCAUACUGCGUAUGUUUAUAAUUGUAAUAGUUGGGUUCGUGAAUAUACUAAAUAUCAUGACCGAACUUUAUAUCCUUUAAAGGGAAACCGCAAAAUAAUAUUUCUGGACCAUCCUUCAAAAAUAAAUGACUACAUUGACCCCGACCAGCAAAAGCUACCAGGCGCUACCCUGAGCUUAGACGAAGAUUUAAAAGUUUUUCAUAACGCAUUAAAAUUGUCUCAUAAAGAUACCAAAGUAGCUAUAAAAGUGGGACCUACGGCUAUACAGAUAACUUCAGCAGAAAGAACUAAAGUUCUUGCACAUUCAGUUUAUCUGAAUGACGUAUACUAUGCAUCCGAAAUUGAAGAAGUAUGUUUGGUUGACGAUAAUCAAUUUACGUUAACUAUAGCUCAUGAAAGUGGCCCUUUGAGCUUCAUCCAUAAUGACUGUGAUGCUAUUGUGCAGGCUAUUAUCCACAUAAGAAAUAGAUGGGAGCUUAGUCAGCCUGAUACUGUAACGGUCCACCAAAAAAUACGACCAAAAGAUGUACCAGGAACUUUAUUGAACAUGGCGCUGUUAAACCUAGGAGUACACGAUCCGAUGCUGCGAACGGCAGCCUAUAACUUACUUUGUGCUUUAACUGCAACAUUUGACCUAAAGAUUGAAGGGCAGCUUCUAGAAACACAAGGAUUAUGUAUACCAUCCAAUAAUACUUUAUUUAUUAAAUUGAUAUCAGAAAAAUUAGCAACAAAUGAGCCACAUUUAACUUUGGAAUUUCUUGAAGAAUGCAUUCAAGGGUUUAGAGUGUCAAGUAUAGAACUAAAACAUUUGUGUCUUGAGUAUAUGACACCUUGGUUGCCAAACUUAGUCAAAUUUUGCAAACCUACUGAUGAUUAUAAAAGAUAUAAGAAAGUGGGAGAAAUUUUGGAGAAACUUAUUGUACUAACAAUAAAAGAAACAGAAAUGUAUCCAUCAGUUCAAGCUAAAAUUUGGGGAACUCUAGGGCAAGUUCCAGAUCUAAUUGAUAUUAUAUUGGACACGUUUCUGAGUUGCUCAGCAAGUGAUGGCCAUAGCCCUCUUAUGGUAGAAGUGAUAGCGGAUACUUCUGUGGCCCUGGCAUCAGCUAAUAUCCAACUUGUUGCUAAGAAAACAAUCGCGAGAUUUUUCAAGGUUAUUCGUAAUUUAACUACGUUGCAAAUAGAGGUUCAAGAAGGUGUAGCACCAAUCACAGCUUUAGAAAAUAAUCCAAUGUGGGACGACUUGACAGUCUUGGCUCGAUACAUGCUUAUGUUAUCCUUUAAUAAUUGCCUAGAUGUGGUGCGGCAUUUACCCUAUCUUUUUCAUACAGCAACAUUUUUGAUAUGCGCUGGAUCAAUCAACAUGAGGGCUGCUACACACGGUCUUAUCAUGAACAUUAUUCAUUCGCUUUGCACCUGCACUAAACCGCGUUUUUCUGAGGAAGUUCAAAAGUUUUUACGACUCUCAUUGGAUGAAUUUGCUUUACCUAAGUAUUACGUGCUGUUUGGGAUAAGUAAAAUAAAAAGUGCUGCCGUGACAGCCUUUAGAUUGGGUAUUAAACAUCCAGGAGAUUCACGUUUUGUUAUUGCAUAUGACAAAGCAGCUGGACAACAGUGUCAUCAUCAAGUUUGCGGUCAUUCGUGUCAAGUUGCGCAAACAGUAACUACUAGUACUACAACACCUACUGCUCCAACUUCGCAUUAUGAAAAAGAUAAGAUGGCUAAUUCAGCCGCAGUUCAGGAAAGAGAAAGGGUAUCACUUGGAUCAUUAGAAGUAAUAAGUGAUGCUCUGCUGGAAAUACUUGAAGCAUGCAUGAAAGAAGUUGACGAUUGUGAUUGGCUAAAUCAAUGGAUUGUAUUGGCAAGAAGUCUAGCUUAUUGCUACAAUCCUGCUUUACAACCCAGAGCACUUAUAGUUUUUGGUUGCAUUGCCAAAAAUGUCACAGAUUCUGAAGUUGUCCAAAUUAUGCGUACAAUGAUUAAAUCUCUGGAAUCUUGGAAUGAUAUUAUACUAUUGGAAGCUUCGAUUAUGUGUUUGACACGAUUACAACCUGUAUUAUGUUCUGACUCGCCUAUUCAUAAAUCAAUAUUUUGGGUUGCUGUGUCAGUUUUGCAAUUGAAUGAAACAAAUUUAUAUGCUGUAGGAUUAGCUUUAUUGGAACAAAACCUCCAUACGCUGGACUCUCAGGGAACUUUUGAUGAAAACCCUUUGGAGCAAGUUAUGAUGUUGACAAGAGAUCCAUUGGAAUCAUAUUUCAAACAGAUGGACCACAAUGUUGGUUUAAGUUUUAGAACAAAUUUUCAUUUUGCCCUGGUAGGGCAUUUGCUCAAGGGAUAUCGCCAUCCCACAGCUACCACUGUAUCUAGAACAGUGAGAGUUCUUACAAUGCUUUUAUCAAUUGUUGCCAAACCUAAUAGAAGGGAUAAAUUUGAAGUCACUCCUGAGAGCGUGGCUUAUCUAACAGCAUUAAUUGGUUACUCGGAAGAAGUAAGAAGUAGAUGCCACGCUAAACAUGCAGUACCAAGGUACAUGACUGAUUCACUGUCUCAAGAUAAUUUUCUAAUGCAGCCUAAUGCGCAAGCUUCAACGUCUCAGCAACAAGUUACCUCCACCUCAGCUAGCAAUGUAUUUAGUAGUAGUGCUAGCAGAAAACAAAAAUCUUGCGACUUGCUUGAUCAGUCUGUUCUCAUACAGGCUCGACAAAAUAAACCGCCAGAUAGUACUCAGCAUCAGUCACGCAGUACCAGAGCAUCGGUCAGUAAUGAAAACAAUGCUCUCCUGGAUCCAGAAGUUUUAACAGAUUUUGGUACACAAGCUCUUGUAUUGACUACACUUGCUACUUUGGCCAAAUAUAGUACUGGUGAAAUAGAGACAAGGACACUGUACAAGUUUUUAGCAGAAGGGGCUACAGUAUUUCCGAGAGUGUUUCCAGUUAUCUAUAAUUUGUUGGACCAAAAUUUAAAGAGUAUAGUAACUGGGAAUCAUGACUUGGAAACUCUAGGUGCAGUAAGAACAAUUAUACAGACUAUGAUCACUUGUGAGGGAAUUAGCCAAGAGAAUAUUCAUUAUUUACAAAAUUGCGGUUUUGCUGGACUGUGGAGAUUUGCUGGAUCAUUCUUGAAAGUUAAACAGGGUGAAACACAAAAUAUGGAUGGUCAUAGUGAGUUAUUUAGAGAUUGUCUAAUGCAAAUGGUAGUGAUAUAUAUGCCAACGGAAGAUUGUGGUGAAAUUGAGCCAGCGGCUGCAUUUCCUUCUAUAUUGAGUGUUAAUGAUUCAAGUACAAAUUUAUCAAAUUCGAGUUUGAUAUUAUCGCCGACAGAUAAAGAUAAGGGUUGUUUUGAUAAAAAUGGUGAAAACGGAAUAGAAGAGGGAAGUCAAACUUCUCUUGACAAUGGUAAUAAAACUUGAGAAGUUACAAAGCGCAUUUAAAAAGAAUUAUUAGAAAAAAACAUUUGCCAUUUCACUGUAAGUACCUUUUUUGUGUGUUUUCAUGUCAAUCGAUUUCUUGGUGAAUUAAAGACUGCUGAUUGUUUUUUAUUAUUUUAAGAUUAGGUUUUUUGUUUAAAUGGCAUGAGAUUUUCUUUCAAAAAAAUAUGUAUAUUCUAAACUAACAGAUUAUGAUUAUGUGAAACUACAAUGUACAAAUAUUAUGCAUAAUUUUUGCCUUAUUUACAUUUCAGUAUUUAUUUUUUAUUCUAAAACUUUUACAUUUAAGUACCUACCUACCUACCUAUAUUAACUAACUCAUUCACUUCAAAUUGACCAAAUGGAAAAUAACUCGUUCCGAUUAGUUUUGUUUUUUUUUUCAAGUUAAAUCAAUGUGGUGUUGUUGGCCAAAGAUAACUUUGUUCAAAUCCAUUUUGAAAAUGAGAAUUAAAUUAUCCUAUAGACUGUAAUGCUAAGGUGCAACGAAUAUUAUUUAACUUUAAAUAACAUUAUAAUAUUGUAGAUAUUUUCAAUUAUAUGAAUAAUAAAUAAUUUGGAAUAUUCCCUUGUUUGAACUUUGGUUGUUGUUUCUAACAUAGAAUCCGAUAACUGGCGUUUUCAACCGGAGUUAAUAAAAAUUAUCGCACCACCACUGCACAUAAGCACCAUAAGCAGUGGUGCGAUAAUUUUGUCCAGGAGUAUAUAAUGUCUCUCUCAAUAGAAAUUUAAGGGUUAAUGAAAAAAGUGGCCUUUAAUUCCAUAGACAUUAUACAUAAGACGCAAUAAGGAAGAUUAUAUUAUUUUUUAAACAUAUAAUUAUCAUUGAUUUUUCUCGGCAUUUUGUGGAGACAGCAAUUAUCGAAAUGUUUUUCUUAUGAAUAAGGCAAUAAAAGUCUUAUGAAAGAUAAUUUGAUUCUCGUUUUUUCUAUUAGGCGAGUAAUCUUCUCAAAGAUAGAACUGGAUGUUAAAAUAACAAAUUCUCAAAAUAUUGCAUUACUAACAGUUUAAAAAUGUAUUUUUUUCACUUUUUAUGUAUCUAUUAGAUAGGUAUUCUUAAAACAUUAGGUAAUUUUUUUUUUCUUUUACUGAGCUCUAUUUGAUAAUUCGAGAUAAGAAUUUUCGCCCACUAGUAUAAUAAUUUUAUAUAGAAAUCAUUUACUGCCUUCUUGGACCACUUUUUCAUGAUGUUGAAAAAGCCCUGGAGAAGACCCGGAUCAAAAUAAAUUUUGAACCAUUUCUACAUUCUGUUUGAUCUUGAAGCUAAAUAUUUUCAAAUACAUGUAUACACAUACUUUCCUUUAAAUAUUACAAUCUGGCAGCACUGUUUUUCCCAUAGAAAUUAUUUUACACAAUGGAGAGCAUAUAUAUAUUUUUUUUAAGACAAAAGUUAAUGAUAAAAUAAUAAUUUUUUGGCAAAACUGUUGAAGAGAAGAAGAAAACAUUUUGAAUAACUGAGAAUAUAAAUUUCAUCAAGGAACCUAGAACAAUUCAAAAUCGCAUUAUUUUCCACUCAAAAAAAAAUAAAUAAUUUAACACUAAUUUAAUAAUAACCAACACAAAAUGCAAGCAAUGACUUCCAGUUGCUGCGAUGCACCAGUCAAAUAUUCAAAUGAUACUUGAAAUGUGUGUGAAACUUUUACCCCAUUCAAAGCAACUAUAUCGGAAAAAAAUCCAUUCCAGAAAUUCUUCUACAAUUUUCAAAAAAUUCUGCUACAAUUUUCAAGUCCUGCCAUUUUUAAAUCACUUCCAAAACUGCGGUCCAGGUAUUCAAAGGCAAUUUUGGACAUUAGCAAUAAGAACGACAAUCUGACAAAUUUACAAUACUUACUAAUUUGCAGUAUAUUAUUGCUUGUUGGAGCGAAUGAUGUCAUAUUUGGCAUUCCCUAAAAUAGUGUUAAUAUACUUAAUUUGUAUCAUGAUUUAAAAAAAUAAAAAUAAAAAAAAAAUCUCCACAUUCAACCAAUCACUUUAUGAACAUCCUCAAUCGGGUCAAUUCUGUAACUCAAAUCGAAUCGACAAUCGAAAACUUGAAUCGAUAACUGUGGACAUUUUCCCACAAUUAUCUCUUUUUAUAAAGAGUCCCUUGCGUCAACAUGAUGUUCCCCAGAGUGGAGAGAAUGCCCACAAACAUUGGCGACUCUAGUGUGCCAAACGUCCUGUGACUGAUGGGCCAAAUAGUUGACCAACUAAACCAAGAAAGGAUAGGUUUUUGCACAAAAUUAUGUUCACCUGAAAAAGCAAUAAAUAAGGACGGAACAGAUACUUUUGUCUUCUUCGUCAGUAUAAUAUUGAAGUUAAAUUUUGUAUUGAUGGUAUUUUGGUAAUUUUCAAUUCAUUCUAUAUUUUUAUUCCGUUAACUAGAAUUACCUAAUACAUAUUUGAUAUUGGGUCAUUUUAAGAAUAAUAUCAGUUAUGUUGUGAUUUUUUCCCAAAAGUUUGAAAAGAGAUGUACAAGGUCAUCCAACGAAUUUUUUGGUACCAUUUUUGAGUUCUCCAGAAAAAAAUGUUCCAAUUGGCUAUUUUGAAUUUUCUCUAAAAUACUGGGAAAGUCAAAAAUAAUCCCCUGUUCAGUCCUCGUUGGAUGACCCUGUACAGGCUGGCCCAUUUUCGAUGUUUUAAUAGGCUGUAUCGAAAACCAGCAGAGAUAUCAAAAAUCUGGGAGCACAUUCUCGAGCUCUUUUUUUGAGAAAAUAACAAUGGCGAAGACAAAUCACGGCUAACGUGAAAUCAGCUCACAAAGAGCUAUUCAAUAAAAAAAUAAUAUACGGGGUGUUCCAUUUAAAAAAACACAACUUUGGUCAAUAUUCCAAAGUCGGAGGCAUCUGGAGAAAAAUUGGUCAUGCCACUAGAUUCUCCUUGAAAAACUGCCUAUAGAAAGUAUUUUUCGUUUUUGGAUAUCUUAAAUAAUAAGGAAAUUAGAGAGUCUUUUAAAAUUGGACAAAAUUUGAAAAGUGCCCUGUAUUUCCUAAACGCAUCAAGUUAGCCGUGAUUUGUCUUCGCCAUUGUUAUUUUCUCAAAAAAAGAGCUCCAGAAUGUGCUCCCAGAUUUUUGAUAUCUCUGCUGGUUUUCGAUAUAGCCUAUUGAAACAUCGAAAAUGGGCCACCCUGUACAGUGUGUGAACCAAAUUCAAGGGCCAACAUGGGGAUAUCGGUAAUCGUUAGAGAUACGAGGGUGGUUAAAGUAGACGAAAGUUAAGGCGCAUUUAUGUGCCUAACAUAUCGCCAGAGAAAUAAAAAAAUGUAUUGUCACGGCUCUGGGGUGCGUGACAGAAAUCUUAGGUUCGUUUAUUCCAAAAUCAAAGUCUAUUUAACACAACAAUAAUUUAUUCGACGUUACUACAGACUCUGGCCCUAAUUACUUCACUAAUUAACUCAAACUGCACUUGAUAACACCUACCAAUUUCAAUUUGAUAGGGACAAUUAAUAAUUAUUAUGCUGAGAUUCAAUUGAAAUGCAAUUCAGGAACAGUUAGGUAUUGGAUUCAGCCAGUGGGCCAAACGGCCCCCGACACUGGGCGAGUCCUUAACAGAUGUACCUCGCAGUCAAAACAUAGUCUAAAAUCCAUUUAUUCACAACACUUUGGUUUGUUCUUCUUCCACAAGUAAGGCCUUCUUUUGAUUAGAAGACUCCAUAAGAGCUUGUUCAAUUAUCAUAUCACUAUAAGUUACACCGAAAUGUGUAUCUGAAGCUGAAAAUAUUUUAGUUUCAGGUACUUAUUACUUCUUCCUAGAUUUUUUCAAGAAAACGAUUGCGUAUACGAAAAACAUACUGAGAGAGGGAGCAACACGCUAUAAUUGUUACGUGCUUACACAGCAGGUACAACUUAGGACAUUUAAUAAACACUUUAGGGAAUUUUCCGCGCUGUAACCAUGUAACAUUUUUACUAGUAGUUACAUCAUACCAUUUUUUUUUUCUACUUAUGGUUACCUCAUACCUCACCGUUUAAUAUGUCAAAUGAGAUACCAUGACGUCAUAGUAUGAUCAUACCUGGUUACUUGUGGUUACAGCGCGGAAAAUUCCCUUUUAUAUUGCUUUUAAAUGAACUAUUAUUUAAUUAUUAUUAUUAUCUGGUCAAUCCACCACACUCCAGCCUGUGUGUGUCUGGGUGAGUUCACCUUGCUGGGCAUCAGCUGUUUUGUGUCACUGACGUAACCACUGGUGAUGUCACAUUCAAAACAUACAGGACCGGCUUUAUAUACUUGUGAUUACAUUUUGAUCAUCUUCUAUAAGUAAUUCUCAAAAAUUUCUGAUAACUCCUUGUUUCCAUUUUCACAGGUCCCUUCCAUUCCUAUGUAGACGAUUAAAAACUCAUUAGAAAUAGAAAUUUCUUCCACAAAUUUGUAAUGUUGAUACAACUGAAAUUGACAAAUAUACAAUAGAAAACUAAACUCCACUUAGAAUAAAUUUAAACUUAAAUGUUAGUAAUGCAAUAUAAUGAUCUUUAUUUUAUUUUAUUAAUACCAGAUUACUGAAAGUAAAAAACAAUAUCAGUACCCAAAAAAUCUAUUUCUAAUUUUUGUAUUUAUAAAAUAUAUAGUAGGUAUAUACCUAGAAGGGGUUGGCCAUAGUUCCUUAUAAGGUACUAGUUUUACAAAAAUCCUUACAGCACAUGGGUGAAUUUUUUUUAAUACUAUUAUUGUUAGAGUUGUCAUUCUUUGAAUAGGACAAUAUAUUUGAUUUUUGCUACAAUGAAUAGGUAUGUCUUAGGAUUCAAUAAAAUUCAACUACGGCCUACCAAAAUUUCAAAUUUAUAUUCUGCCUUAUUUUUGCGCAGAAAUACUCGUGUACAAAAUAUUUUUACUAUAUCAUGCUAGUAUGUAGUGAAAACCAAAUAUAUUCUUUAAGAAAUUAUAUCUUUGGUAGAUUUAUUUGAUUCAUAAAUGCAAUUAUGGCACAUGUUUAUGCAUUAUAGUAAUAAACAAAAAAAAACUAAAUGUUCUUAUAAGUUUUUUAGAAUGGUCAACUUUACACUGCCAGAAAUAUUUUAAAAUAAAUCUUUUUGUGUGUUAGAGGACUUUCCAUAAUAUUUACAGUACAGCAAAAUCAAUAAUAAAAUAUAAUAAUGUCCUCCGUGCUCCUAAUUAUUAUGGCUAUAUUUAUAAUAAUCAUAUUGUUUUCCAAAAACGAAACUUUUAAGUCCUUUUGAGUUAUAUUAAGGUGUAAAUGUAACGUUAUGCCUCACACUACCACUUUUUGAAAGAUUUUAGAGUACGACGACUUGUAAAAUUUCUCUGGUCAAAUUUGGUAAUUGCUUCUCUAAACAUUUUUUUGGAGGGUAAUUUUUUAUAUCGGUCGUUCCAGUUCAUUUACAACUUUUAAGCGUCUUUCAAGUAGUCGCCUCGAUAGAGAACAAUUUAAACUAUAAUAAAUUGAGCGCAUUAAAUUAACCUCACCUUAUACACAGGACUAAUAAUUUUCUUACCUUGAUACUUGUAUCAAGUAUUCGAGGAAAAGGCAAUCACCAAGUCUUCCUUCACUGAUGAAAAUAUUUUCAAUUUUACUUUAAAGUCCAACCUGUUUCGAAACUAUAAUGUUUCAGCAUCAGGGUCAGAAUUUGAAAAAUAUUUUAGUUAAGGGUGUGGCAUCCAGGUGGUAUAUAAUUUAUUAAAAGAAGCGGAACGAUGAAUGGUUGAUCCUCACUGUUGGGGCCCAUCUUCUGGCUUAAUAAAACAUUUUGGAAAAUUAGCAAAGGAAAAAAAAAUUAAAAAAUAAUUAUUGUAAAAAACAUCUAGGAGGCAUUGUCUGUGGACAAAGGUAAAAUUUCUAAUUUCAUCCAUUGAGGAUGCUUCCUGGAUCUAUUUUUUUAUUAUUAAUAAAUCAAAAAAUUGAUCAAUACAUUUUUCUUUUUCAUUUGCUAGCUUCCUUGGAUUCACACCUCUAUAAGACAUUUUUGUAUUUCGGUUACUUAAUCAGGAGUAAGGCAAAGAAAAUGCUGGAAUUAGGCGCAAGCAGGACCAAAAUUAAACUUUCAUCACCAGUGGAGCAAAUAUAGAGGAUUAAGUUUUGAUUUUAAAAAAUCUAAUUCAGUAGGUAAAGAAUGAGGCAAGUCGUGUCUGGAUAGAACUGCGGCGUUAUAGAUAUGGAGGAGGACGGAUAAAAUGCAAAGUGAACCCGGGCAAUAGUGCUAUGUGCUGUAAAAAACCUAGUUUCACAAUGUAAGACGCUUCAGUCUGCCCAAUUUGCAUUUGGCGAUGAAUGUGUAACAGUUUGGAGCGGCAUUCAACACAAUUGAAAAAUAGAACCUGUUUCUUUAGGAAUCGGAAACUUGCUAGGGUUGUAGCAUUGUAAAUCUCACUGCUCAAUCAUCGUUUUAUCUAAUCCAAGAUUUGAGUAUACAAAUAUCUGGUCUAGGUUGUACAUCAUACAUCCUCGAAUUCCUGUGCAGACCCGAAGCUCGAAUUCUACUUGAACAUAAUCUCGUCGUCAUUUCUCCUCAACAUAAACCGGCAACCGUUUAUUUUGCUCUGGAGUCGCUCGUCCAUGCAAACUUGGCUGGAUUGAUUUCUGGUCAAACAUUGAUGGAAGGCUGGUUACGCCAAAACCCAAACAAAUCGAGUUCUUCACCCAAAAAAUAAUUUCUCUAUUUUGAAAACAACCUUUUCUCUUUUAAGCCAAUAUGGAUGGAUGUAUUGUUGACAGAAAUAUCUGUAAUAGGCUGAUAAUAUUUUCCGGAGAGUCGAGUUUUGAACCUCGCGAAGGAUCUUAUCAAGACAGUGAGGUUAUAUUUACGCCAGAAAAUGUUUCAUUCAAGAACCCUCUCGGUACCAGGAUUAUUUUUUUGAGGAAUAGGUUCGGUUUAUAAAGUUGUUGAUAGAAGUGAAAGGUUCUGGUGAAAGGCCAGCAAAUUAUAAGUUUUUUUUUUGGUUCAUUUUUCCAUAUUAUAAUUCUAGUUAAUGAAUGUAUUAAAGACAAUUAACCUCUUUUCGCACGCAACUUCUUACGAAAGUUUUAUAUCAUAUCUGCUUGUGUUUAAUCUCACUAUUUUUAUGGCUUAUUCUCUAAUAGAUCAACGAAAUAGUAUUUUUUAAAUUUUAAAGCCCCGAUUGCACGCCAAUAUCCAAACUAGUUUCACCAGACAUUAAAAUAAGUAUUUUUAGUUCCCAUUUUAAAUGAGGGUUAAAUAUUAAUUUUGUUGUAAAUAUUAAAUGGAAUGUCUUCCCGUUACUGAUUUUAAAUUGAUUAACAUAACAUUUAAUUUUAAAUCUACAAUUUUCUAGCUUAUUCUAGAAGAAAUCUAUUGGCAGAAAUAUGUGAAGUAAGUUAAGGGCACAAUUUAAUAAAGGAGUACGCACAUACAAUUUUUUUUACGUAAAUAGUGAUCAUAGUAGUCUAUAACACCAAACCGAUUCUAAACAUUUUAUAAUAUUGUAAUUAGUGUGUAAUCUAUUAGGAAAUAAUCUUAGAUAAGUCGCAUUUAAUACAACUUGCAAUCUUCGAAGUCUAAAAUUUCAAAACGGGUAAUUUUGCUGUUUUUUUUUUUCAUGCAUAUAUAUUGUAUUAAUAGUCCAGGUCCGUCUCUAAUUGUACCAAAAAGUGUUUUAAUUUUUAGAUAUACCUAUAAGUACUACUUAAAUGAGUAGGUAUAUAAACCUGUCUUUUACAUCUCCAAACAAAAUGUGUUUUAUGCUAAUCUUGUAUAUACCCAUGUACCAUGUUUUAAUAGUGGAAUAAUAAUAACUACAAAAAAAAAAUAAAAAUUCUUGGCCAAUUGAAUUAACUAUCAGGUUUUUGUUAAUUGUAAUACUCUUUAUUAACUUUUGAAAGUAAAUUUAUUUGGUAAAAUGAAGAUCCUCUAGAAAGUAAAUAAGAUCAUCCAAACCGCCCAAUUUAAUUGUUGGUUUGGCAACAUUUUCCUUGUCAGUACUGUGUAAAUACUUUUUCUUACAACGGCCUCUGAAAAUGGAAUUUUUCACACGCUAGACUAAGCGCUAGACAACCUCUGAAAAUAGAGUUUUUCGCACAGCGUACGAGAAUGUUUUUAACAUGCUGCUAAUUAGUUUUUUUUUAUUUAUUUUUGUCCUAUCAUCCUGACAUGACAACAUAAAUUGCAAUUGUCACCAAUUUUUGGUGUUGUUGAUUUGUUUUCUAGCAAAUAGAAAUUACAUAUUUGGUCGUUUAAAAACCUUUUUUCACACUUGCUCGACUUGUGGAACUCGUUUACGGCUCGGUCCAACAAACUGUCUCGCCGUGCGAAAAAAUACGUUUGUUUAAAUAACUAUUACGAAAGUUCUUACAUGUAGCACACGCAAUUCAAUUAAAAAGUCAAAAUGCCAAGCAAUUUCCUCAUUCGAAAGCUGAGGAAAAUAUCCUAAUAACAACAAUGUAGAAACUAUUUUCAAGAGGAAUAAACUACAACACUGGACAGAUAUUUCGGACAUAGCUGGUAACUUAGUUGUAAGUCCCAUAAUAAUCAUAAUGAAAACUUGUUGUUGAAACUGAUGUCAUUGAAAAAAAUCCACACAAGAGUGUCAAACAUCUUGCCCCCUACUCUAACAGCUUCUUCUGAAUUUAUAUGUAUUGGUGUAUACUAAAGAUUCAUUCUUUUAAAGAGGCUCAUGCUUGCGUGCCUAUAUAAACUCCUAGCGCCUGAUUUUCGAAACAAGGCAGGAACAAGAAGCGGCCUCUGCAGUUCCGUGCAAAAGUUCACAUGUGUAACCAAUACAGAAAAUUCGGUUUUCAACAGAACGCUUUUGUUUCAAGAAUCAGGCGUCGAAACAUAAAUUAAGUGUCUCGUUAAUGACCAGUUAUAGCCGGUAUAUUAUGGUUCUUAAAAUUAUCCAAACAAAAAAUGCAGACUAGCUAUCUGGAUUUGCCAAAUCGAUCUUAAAAUUUGUAGUAGACACGUUGAGAGAGAAAAAAGAAAUUAAAUAAAUAAAUAAAUAAAUUUCUUGAGCAGAAACCAUUGUUUUAAACAGAGAAUAAAGAAAAACACUAGAUUGUUAUCGCUAAGUGAAAUGGCAAAACAAAGAAUAAAUAAACAUAAACCUUAAAAGUAUAACAAAGAAAAAAGAAAAGUAAAGCUAUUAGAACCUAUGAUGCUACCCAUUGAUAUGUGGUAAAUUUAUGUGGGAUUACCCAGGAGAAAAAAUACUUGACUUUACAGGAGCUCAAACUGUUUUUUGGGGACUAUCAUGAACAUUGAUGCUAAUAAUUCAUAAAUGGACAUUCCCUCUCUUUUCUUGUCAAGGGUCUCUGUAUUGGAUUUGUGUAUUAUAAAUGUGAGAGUAAAGAAGAAACUUACUUAAGGAUUGUACAGAUACCUAUUUAAGUAUUUCACGGAUGGAGAUCUAUCCGAUGUUUCAUUAACCCUUGAGGUAGACCCUAUCUUGUGACCUAAUUCUGUUCCUAAAAAUUCUGUCUUAUUAGUACAAUUGAAUACAUAUUUAUAUAUCACGUGUAACUCCAUAAAUUUUGUGACCAAGUCCAUGCUUACAUUGGCGUUACAUAAAAGGAUAUAACUUUCCAAAUCUUCCUGCUUUUUUGAUUUCGUAUAAAAUGUGAGUAUUUUCUGGCAUUUUAUAGUUUAGUAAUUAGGUACCUACUUAAUCCAUGAUUCAUUUCAAAUUCUGUAGAGGUGUGGUCCAGGUUUACUUAUGUAGGCAUAGUCAGUGUUAGGAAAAACCAUUUGUUUUUCGGGUCCGAAUGUUCGCAAAAUGUAUAAGUCCAUUAUUGUUGACAACGUCUUACCAUGUCGUCCAACAAUGAGACUAUUCAGCUGUUGACCUGUUCUACUGCUACUGUUUAUCUCAUCUGGAAGAAUCUGUCUUUCGUGGCUACAUCUGAAUUUUCUGAAUGAUGAUUUAUCGCCUAGAUUCUAAUAUUCAUUUUCAUCAGACUUUCAUUUACGGCUGCCCAGUUGGUAAUGAGCUUUCAUAAUCUUCUGCUAAUCAACAUGGAUAAGUCCUUGAUGGCUACUUUUUUCCUUUGCUUCUUUACUAUAAAAAUUAUCAUAUUGUUCUCCGAUCCUUCCCAUUUUAUCUUUGUUUCUGUUAUUACUCCUGCUUCUAUUUCCUCUCUACCAACUUCGUGCAUAAUUUCAUUAACUUUUCGAGUUAUUCCUUAUACGUGCAAUGUACAAAAAAUAAUAGUCCUUUAGGCGGUUACACACGGACGUGGAUGGCUUGAUAUAUAUACGUGCAUUCAUCAACGUGCGAACAACAACGUGCAUGUCACUUUUGUACAGACGCUCGCACAAAACUGUCAGUCUUGCUACUCUUGCUACAGUAUUCUGAGUGUGCAUACAAAAUUUCUAGCGAUUCCAGAAUUCAUUUGAGCGUCAUUCUACAGUUUGCACAUUCAAAAACGCGACGGUAUUUUGCAUACACAUUGAUGUUUUUGUUCGCGCGUUCAUGUAUGUGCGUACAUGUUUUCAGACAUUCACGUCCGUCUGUGACCGCCUUUUGCGUUCACUUGGGUGGUCUUUAGGCGGUUACACACGGACGUGGAUGUCUGGAAACAUGUACGCACAUACAUGAACGUGCAAACAAAAACAUCAAUGUGUAUACAAAAUAUCGUCGCGUUUUUGAAUGUGCAAUUUUGUAUGCACACUCGGAACACUGUAGCAAGAAUAGCAAGACUGCAGUUUUGUACGAGCGUGUGUACAAAAGUGCCAUGCACGUUCUUGGUUGCACGUUGAUGUAUGCACGUAUAUGUAUUAAGACAUCCACGUCCGUGUGUGACCGCCCUUUGGUUUUCCCGGUUCUGUUUUCGAGGCAUAUUAAAAUAUGCAUAGUUUAAAUAUUGUCGCUCCGAGUUCCUUGUUUCGCAAACACUUAUAAGUCGGAAAAAUGUUCACGCCAAUUCAGUUGUUUAAAAUUGAUAAGUGGGAAUACCGAUUAAAAUUUAAAUUAAGUUUAUAUUAGGUCUGUUCCAACACGUCAUAAACCGUCCCAUGAACGGUUUAGAAACCACUCUGUAUACGAAUUGAGGAUUCUACGCAAAAAUUUUAUGGUAUGGUUUCCUGCUGUGUUGGAACAAAACUAUUGUAAAUUAAGAACUGAUACUUGGCAUAGAACCUUGACUCAAAUAAUAAAAAAUAAAAUGAAACCUGCAAUUUGCAUAUUCUACCUCCCCUAGCUUGUUUUUAAUAUCUGACAACCAGGAGCCUAAAUUAUCCGAUAGAUCGUUUUGAUGGCCCAGUUGGUAUGACAUAAAGUGUUAUUUUUGCAAGCGAUUUUCGAGCAGUUUACAAAGAUUGUGUAUAGAUUUUGUGCAGGGAUAAAUUUCGUAAUUUAUUCAAUUUAUCGUUCAGGGAAUUGAAAUAGGUACCUCUUGCGUGUAAGUAUUGUGGUGCAUGUUUGUUAACAAAAACUAAUAGAAAACAAAGUUAGGUAAACAAGUUUUUGUGGAGAUGUUUCGAUGUUUAGGCUUAAUUAUAAUAAAUAUAAAUGAUAUAAUGAGAUUUUAUAUGAGAAGAAUUGUCAAAACUAAUAUAAAACGGUUUUUUACUGAUUGUCAGAAAUAAUUUAAUACGCUUUUUGAAGUAUAAUAAACUGUGAUAAAUCUAUGUGUAUAGCGGUUACGAUUAUAAUUUUUUAAUAAAAAACAGUUUUCUGUAGUAUGCGCCUUUGCAAAUUUAAUUUCAAUACGCUUUGUAUAACUUUAUUAAUUUUAUUGUAAACUAGAAAGCAAUAACUGGCAGAAAAACAUAAAUUUUUACAAAUUUUAUGUACUUAUAAAAAAAUAUUGUUGUACAUACUUUUUAAUGUUUGUAGACUAACAUUACUUCAACGUCCAUCACUUUUUCAAAUUAGGAAUAAUUGUUGUUUCCCUUGUUCCCCCAAAUAUGAACUAUGGCCACCAAUUCAGAUUUGAAUCUAUCUGUUACAGUAACGUUGUAAAAAUCUUGAUCUUUUAAAAAUAUAUUUGUUUAGUGAAAAGGAGAGUUUUGUGUACAUAUUCUUGCAGCUAUUUUAAGCUAGGUUCAUGACAAUUUUGAAGCUAGUCGCUUUAUCUUGAACUUACUGACCCAGUGACUUCUACUUACUUUCUUUACCUUAAUAUAAUUGUUUUAAUAAGUACCUAUGUCACUUGAACCUUAUUGUACAUUAAUAGUUCAAAUCGUGGUUUAGCUGAACUUUGAGUUCUUUAUAGAUGUUAAUUUCGUUCGUAGGGUAUAGAGUCUACCCGACUUCAACCAGACUAAAGUCUGCCCAAGAAAAACAGAAAGUGUGGUGAAGCGUAGCACAUCUUUUUCAUUGUGGAAGUCGAAUACAAUUCCAUCAAUAACAAUAAUUUUCAUUUUGUCAAUGCAAAUGUUUGAUUCGAUUGACGCAGAGAAAUGGGUGCUAUUUAUUUUUUCUUUGCAUUCCUCCUUUUCUUAAUAUGCAAGUUGAUCUUAUUCUGGCCAGACUAUACGAUUUAAACCAAAAUGUACAAUUAGGUAACUAACUACCUGUGACUUUCGAUUAGACAUUACAAAAUCGUUGCGCCAGCCUAUUUGAACAUUUACAAUAUAUUACUGUCAAGUUAUUAUAAUUUUGAUAUAUUUAUGAUAGCAAAAACUGGUCCCUAUAAUUAUUAGGUAUGUACCAAACAAUGCCUCCAUAUUUUUAUAUUUUAAUGUGCUUGUUCCUCUACAGGUAUCAGUAGAUUGUAAUAAUUGUAACAUGAUCAGAAAUUGGCUCAAGAGCAAGGGGGCCAUGUUUAAUUUAAUGAUGAAAACAAUCAAGAAAAGAAAGUAAGCAUGAUCCGAGGUGUAAACCUUUAAUAAUUAGGUACCUAUUUAUUUGAAAAAUAAUUUGUUAGAUAUAGUUAAGUAUUUAUCUGUUCAAAUAUAAUGUGAUACUAAAGACAUGAUUUUGUUAACUUACUGGGUACUUGAACCUGGUAAAGAAGUAUACAGCUUCUUAAAUAAGUUUAAGUAUAUUUUAAUAUUGCGACUUUUUUUUAAUCGCAUAUGGUUGUUCCAAUAAUAUGGCAUAUGUCUCUCCUGAUCGUAAUUGUUAUAAAAAUAAAAUGUUUUCAUAUUUCCUAGUUUAUAUUUGGAAUAUUGUCUUUUGAGCUCACUUUAGGUACUUGUUUAUCUAUAUGUAAAAUUCUAUUUGUGAUAGAUUUAUUGCAUUGUAUAAAUGGAAAAUGUAUGUUUCUUAAGAAUAUGAACAUGUUUGUAUCUAUGAUAUUACAAAUAUAUACAUCAGAACGUC